GCCGGCCACUGCUUAAGAAUGUGAAAUACGCAAGAAAAUUUAAAAUUUUUAACUUUUAUGCGUAUUUCAAUACUUAUUCGAAUUCGCGUGUGAACGAUAUGUAUAAGUUAAUAGUUCCCGAUAAUUAACUACAAAAAUUUUCUCGUUUGUACAAAAACUUAUCAUCACAUCGAUAUAUUUUUCGAAUACCUAAUGUAAAUACUGUAUGACCUUAUUGUUCUGCACAAUUAACAAACAAUGGCGUAUAGUUUUCAAUCCUCUGUGCCAGAUCAGCAGUUCUUGUGGGAUGUAUUUCAAAGGGUUGAUAAGGAUCGUAGCGGUCACAUUUCUGCUGACGAAUUGCAGAUAGCCCUGUCUAAUGGUACAUGGAGUCCGUUUAACCCGGAAACUGUACGUUUAAUGAUUGGAAUGUUUGAUCGCGAAAAUCGGGGUACAGUUUCAUUUCAAGAUUUCGGUGCUCUCUGGAAGUAUGUUACUGAUUGGCAAAACUGCUUCCGAUCGUUCGACAGAGACAAUUCGGGUAAUAUUGAUAGAGAGGAACUAAAAACAGCAUUAUCCUCAUUUGGGUAUCGUUUAUCUGAUAAUCUUGUGGAUGUUCUAAUUCGGAAAUUUGAUCGGUUCGGAAGAGGAACAAUACUUUUUGAUGAUUUCAUACAAUGCUGUAUAGUUUUAUAUACUCUUACAUCGGCGUUUAGGCAACAUGAUACAGAUAUGGAUGGUGUUAUUACUAUACAUUACGAACAAUUUCUCAGUAUGGUGUUUUCAUUGAAAAUAUGAGCAAUUUUAAAAAUAAUUUUUUUAUCUUUGAACUAUUA